AUUAUCAACAGGUUUGUCGUCGAUUUGAUGCGGUGAGUAGCGCGGCGUAAAGUGAACGUCGAGUAGGAGAGCGGCGGUGGAGCGGCGGCCUCGAGGUCAGCGCGGCCGUCAGGAGGAUUCUGAUAAAAAACAGCCUUCAGAGCACGCUGUCGGUCCCCUGAGGAGGAAAGGCGGACGAGACGGAGGGCGUGAGUGUGCGGGGCGUUGCAGAGGGGCUGGACACGGGCGUGAGGCGGGCGAGAGUGAGGCGACGGCACCAUGGCGGAAGCUCGCAGUGCCGUGGCCACGCCGAGGGUCCAGAAGAAGGACCUCGGCACCACGGACUCCUUCGACGACCUCCUCAAUCGUACCGGCAGAUGAUCCCCGGAACUACUUUCGAUUCAGGAACUCGAUCCGUAACGGAGUAUGGCCGACCUCGACCAACAACCUGGGCGUGGCCUGCGGGUUCUCCCUCUACCUGCUGGAGUACGAGCCCGCGUCAGGGCAGGCUGUCACCGCCUACCUCAAGAGGGCCGUGGACGCGUUGCCACUCCCGAUAAGCACACCGCGAUGGCUGAGGAAUCUCCUAGGAUCGAUGGGGAUUUCCUUUGUGUUCUUUAUCACUCUCAUGAAGGUCCGCCAGUAUUUGCUGCGGAUCCUGCUCGCAUACAGGGGGUGGAUGUAUGAAAACGUCCGGGAAGUUUCCAUAAAAACAAAACUAUGGGGACUGACAGUAAAGUUCGUGUCUGGCUACCAACCAUCCCUGUACUCCUGCCAGCGCUCCCUGCCCAGGAUGCCCGUCCCUCCCCUGGAUGAAACGCUCAGCAAACUCCUCGAUAGCCUGAAGCCCCUGUGCUCCGAGGAGGAAUUCAAGCAGUACUCGAAGGAGGCGGCCGACUUCGAGGGCACCAUCGGGCCCAGACUGCAGCGCUUGCUUCACCUGAAGUCGUGGUGGGCGCCCAACUACGUGUCAGACUGGUGGGAGAAAUAUGUGUACCUGAUGUCACGAUUACCCCUAGCAAUCAAUUCAAACUACUAUGCCUUAGACCACUACAUAUGGACUCCAACAAAUAGACAGGUCUCAAGAGCAGCUAAUGUUGUCCAUUCCAUUUUGUACUUCAAGCGCCAAAUAGACAGAGAAGAGCUUACUCCCCUAUUGUUACGCAAUACCAUUCCUGUGUGCAUGGCACAGUAUGAAAGACUCUUUUCUACUGUUCGAGUUCCUGGUGGAGAAAUAGAUGAUUUACUCCAUUUUGACUCUACUGAAUCUCGACAUGUUGUGGUAUGGAGACAGGGACUUUUCUAUCAACUUAAUAUAUAUGAUGACAAGAACCAGAUACUGUCUCCAGCUGAAUUGGAAAGACUCUUCCAAGAUAUUAUUGAUGAUGCAGACAAACACAAGGAGAGUGUAAGUGAGAGCGAACGCAGUGUUGCUGCCCUCACUGCAAUUGAACGAAGGGAAUGGGCUAGAAUUCAGAAGCAAAACUUUACAUCAGGCAUUAAUAAAGACAAUAUGGAUCUCAUCUUCAAGGCAGUAUGCAUGGUUGUUCUCUUUGACAAGCCACCAGCGAGCAUCGUAGACAAAGGGAAAACACUCCUGCACGCUGAUGGGCGUACACUCUGGUUUGACAAGAGCGUCAACUUGUGUUUCUUCCCUGAUGGCCAGUGUGGUUUGAACGUAGAGCAUACAAUGGCUGAUGCACCUGCAAUGGGCCAUGUCUGGGAAUAUGCAAUGACAAUGGAAGUGAUUGAAAAAAGGUAUCUUGACAAUGGACAAGUGAUGCCUCCACCGAAGUCUUUCAAGCAGAGCCACUAUGCCCCACCAAGACGGAUCAUUUGGGACAUUACAGAUGCUCUUGAGAAGGAAAUCAAUAAAGCAGUAGUUUUGAACCAGAAGAAUAAUGAGGAUCUGGACCUAGAGAUCCGUAAUCAUAACAAGUUUGGCAAGGGUAUUAUCAAAAAGGCUCGUGUUAGUCCUGAUGCGUUCAUUCAGAUUGCUCUCCAGCUUGCAUAUUAUCGUCACACGGGCAGAUUCUGCCAGACUUAUGAGGCCUCAGCAACAAGGCUGUACCAGAAUGGAAGAACAGAAACUGUGCGAUCAUGCUCAGAGGAAGCUGCUGCAUUUGUGAGAGCAAUGGUUAGUGGGAAAUUGCCGAAGGAGAAGCUGUUACAUUUGCUGAGGGUGGCUGGAGAACGACACCAGAAGCUGUAUCGUGAUGCAAUGAAUGGCAAAGGGAUUGAUCGCCACUUGUUUGCUCUUUAUGUUGUGUCAAAGGGUCUUGGCUAUGAAAGUCAAUUCCUUGAGACUACUAUUCGGAGGCCCUGGACAUUAUCAACAUCCCAGCAGCCUCAGCAACAGAUUCAGGCAAAUACUCCAGACAUAAACUUGGAGCCUUUUAGGAAAAUGUGCUCUCCUGGUGGAGGUUUUGGACCAGUAUCAGAUGAAGGAUAUGGUGUUUCUUACAUGUUACCUACAGAGUAUAAUAUCUUUUUCCAUGUUUCAUCCAAGAGGUCUUGCCCAACCACUGACUCUAGGAAAUUUUCAGAUAUCUUGUUUAAGAGUAUGGAUGAUAUGCGACUCCUGUUUGACAACACAAAGCUUGAAUAAUCACAAGAGUGAAUUACAUAAUAUAAGAAAAAAUAUAUAUAUAAUUACAAGCCUGCAAAAAUGCUUAACCCAUUGACCCCUGGAUGGCAUGUGUAUAUAUACCAUGUACAUUAUGUUUUUAGGUUAUUAGUUUUUUACACAUAGAUGGCUCUAAAAGUGUUUAGUCAACAAGGAGCCAAAUACUGGGCCUACCUAAUAGCAGUUCUCUACUCUAUUCCUUGAGUUUUUGGAAAGAAAAGACUUUAUUUUUAUUACUACUAGUAUUGUUAAUAAUGUUAUAAUAAUAAUGUUUAUAAAGAUGAAGGCUAAUAGAAAUGGACACUUUUUUCCGUAAAUUCAAGGAAUGGGGUAAACACUUGUGGAGCCAUGUAUGUGUAAACAAAAAUGACAAAACAAAACUACAGUGGACAGAACAUGUACCAGGAGCCAAUGGGUUGAGGGUAGUCUUUCAGUAAUUUUAUACCUUUGAAAAUUGUAUUACGAAUAUACAGUUUUCCUUUUUUAAUCUAGCAGUAAAGCUCUCUCAUUAGAUAGGCAACUUGAGAUUAGUUAAGAUAUAUAAAACUGAAAAUUAACUAUUGCUCCCUAGUCAGUUCCCUUAGCUAUGGUGGAAAUCUAUUUUACUGACCAAUCAUGAAGUAUAUUAUUGUGUAUGACAUUUUAAUUCAUGGCUCUUCCAUUGUGUGAAGACAAUUACAUAUACACACGCAUUUAAAUUUUCUAAAGAUAUAUAUAUAUAUAGAUUAAAAUUUAAUAUUAAAAUGUAGUCUUUCUCUAUCAAUUUUUCAAAAUUUAGUUUAUCUGCUGUUUUAUGAUAUACAAUUAUCAUGUUGAAGUCCAAAUAUUUAAGAUAGUGGUGAUAUUCUUUUCUCCUUAUAACAUUUCAGUUGUUCUGGUAGAAUUGUUUUCUUCAAUCCUUUAUACUAAAAUAGCGGGUUUAGUCCAUUAUUUGAUUGUACAAUAUGAAACUGUAAAGACAUGCAAUUUAAUUUUUUAUAAACAGUAGAUAUGAUGUAAAUGAGUUCAAGCAAACUUUAAUGUGGUCAUUUUCCUAUACUUUAGUAAUGAUAGAGGCAGUUAUACCACAAUUAUUCUGGUUUUAUCAAUAUUCUCUUCAGACAGAGCUGACCUUUAACCAAGUUUAGUUGAAACCAAGCUAGAGUGCAUUUUAAGUUCAGUAUUUAUUAUAUUUCAUAUCAGAAUACACUGAAUAAUAUAUGGAUAAGUUUUCAUUCAUAUGUUAGGUUUAUAUACUUUUAUAGGUAUCUGUGGGUGUCAGUAAUAUUGCUUUCUUUAAAGUUUAUGAUUAAAAGUAAAAUUAAAGAAUGCAUGUGGGUCAUGCUAGUGUUCAGUGAUUUCAAGACGUUUUUGCACGACUCUCCUGUCUUUUAAAAAAUUUCCCUAGUUUUAAAUUAGUAUGUGUUUGCGAUAAAGGGAUUUGAGAUUCUUGUGAAUUAUUAGUUUGUUUAUGUGUUAAACAAAAUGGUAUUAAUUAUUCAAGGAAAUAUUGUUAUAUUUUCUUUGUUAAUUAGGAUUUUUUCUUCUGUUUUAACAAAUGUAGGAAGCCAAUGAUUUUGCAAACACUGCAGUUAGUGUUGAUCUUUAUUACUUUGAAUUAUUGAAUAAUCCAAGAUCAGCCACAAUAAGCAAAUAUAAUGUAUUAUUUUUAAA